AUGCUGCUCGGAGCGUCGUGGAUGUUCGCGUCCAAGGCGGCAGCUACUACAGCUCGGAGAGAGGGAGACGCCAGGCAGGGUGAGGCCCAAGCAAAGACUGCCGAGGAUAUGGAAGAGUCAUCGCUGCUGGACUUGCUGGAAUGCUCCGUUUGCCUGGAGCGCCUGGACACCACGGCCAAGGUGUUACCAUGCCAGCACACCUUCUGCCGCCGCUGCCUGGAGAGCAUCGUGUGCUCGCGCCACGAGCUACGCUGUCCCGAGUGCCGCAUCCUGGUGGGCUGCGGUGUGGAUGAGCUGCCCGCCAACAUACUGCUGGUGCGCCUAUUGGAUGGCAUCCGUCAGAGGCCCCGCCAGGGUGCCAGCCCAGGGAGCAGUCCUCCUGCGUGCCCAAGCCCCAGUACGUUCCCAGCGCUCGCUGGGGUCCCUGGAGGCGCGACCAGCAGUCCCCCGCGUUCUCCGGUCUUUCUUUCAGCAGCGGCAGGCAGCUCCACCUCCGGUUUGUGCGAUGUGGCCACUAACAGGAGCGUGCCAGUGGCUAAGAAUCUAUCCCAGCUUCCCUACGGCAAGGCCCUCUACAGCUAUGAGGGAAAAGAACCUGGUGACCUCAAGUUCAACAAAGGGGACAUCAUCAUCCUGCGUCGAAAGGUAGAUGAAAACUGGUACCAUGGGGAGUUGCAGGGCACUCACGGCUUCCUCCCAGCCAGCUACAUCCAGUUUAUCAGGCCCUUGCCACAGACUCUGCCCCAAGGCAAAGCUCUUUAUGAUUUUGAGAUGAAGGACAGAGACCAGGACAAAGAUUGUCUGACCUUUACUAAGGAUGAAGUUUUAACUGUGAUCCGGAGAGUGGAUGAUAACUGGGCAGAAGGCAUGCUAGGAGACAAGGUUGGCAUUUUCCCACUCUUGUACGUGGAGCUCAAUGACUCUGCCAAGCAACUCAUUGAGAUGGACAAGCUGUGUCCUGCCGCUGUGACUGCAAGCAACUAUGAUGCCCUUUUGUCCUCUGACCCCAGCCCAGUUGCCAGUGUGGCCUCAGGUCCUACCCUCAGUAGCUCAGGGGCAGUCAGUGCCUUUCAACGACGUGUGGACAGCAAGAAGAAUGCCAAGAAGCGCCAUUCUUUCACUGCACUCAGUGUGACGCACAAGUCCUCACAGGCUGCCAGCCACAGGCACUCCAUGGAAAUCAGUGCUCCAGUGCUGAUCAGCUCCAGUGAUCCACGUGCUGCAGCCAGGAUUGGGGAGCUUGCCCAUCUGUCCUGCCCCGUACCCACCCAGGACUCCUCUUCAGCUGGACCUAUCCCUGCAGCCAUCCCACGCGCUGCUGCAGUAUCUGGAGAACAGGGCAUGUCUCCCAAAGUCCAGCUGCCUCUCAACGUGUACCUGGCUCUCUAUGCAUACAAGCCCCAGAAGAAUGAUGAGCUAGAGUUGCGCAAGGGUGAGAUGUACCGUGUGCUGGAGAAGUGUCAGGACGGCUGGUUCAAGGGGGCAUCACUAAAAACAGGGGUCUCGGGGGUGUUUCCUGGGAACUACGUGACACCUGUCUCCAGGAUUCCUGGAGGAGGGGCUGGGUCACCCUGGAAUAAUGUACUUGGAGGGUCUCCACUGGCCAAGGGGAUGGCCACCAUUAUGCACCCUGGAGGUGGCAGUUUGAGCAGCCCAGCCACUGCCACCAGGACUGUUCUGCCUCUCACCACACUGCAGGAUCAUAUGCAGCACCCAGCCACCUCCCUAUCUACUGGUAGCUGCCUUCGGCACACUGCUCAAUCAACAGUCAACCAAGCCGGGGGCACCACUAACCCAACAGCUACCCAUUCCUCAGCCCAGGCCCUGGACCGACCAACUGCCACUGUGUCACCACUGCGCACUCAGACUUCUCCAUCCCGCCUACCCACCACCAGCCUCCGACCCCGCUCUAUGGUGUCCCCACAGCACAGCCAGCAUCCCCCAACGCAGAUGUGUCCCCGGACAGCCAUUCCUUUCACAUCAGCAGCAUCAGCCAUCACACCUCCCAAUGUCAGUGCUGCCAACCUCAGUGGGGAGGUUGGAGGGGCACCCAUCAGUGGCCUGACCAUACCCAGCCCCAUCAACACAGGGAACAAGCCAGAUGACAAGAAAAAUGAAAAGAAGGAGAAGAAGAGCGGGCUGCUGAAGCUGCUAGCUGGGGCAUCUGCCAAGAAGAAGUCACGCUCCCCACCAUCUAUAUCUCCAACCCACGACCCCCAGUCAGCCAUGGAUGCCUCACUGCAGGGUGCCAUGGGCCCUGAAGUGUCCCCAUUGACCGUCCAUGGCAGGGCAGGUUCCUGCCCCAUAGAAAGUGAGAUGCAAGGAGCCAUUGGGUUGGAGCCACUGCACAGAAAAGCCGGCUCCUUGGAUCUGAAUUUCUCUUUGUCCCCUUCUCGGCAAGCAACUCUAUCCAUGACUUCCAUCCGCCCUGAACCGAAGCCACUGCCCAGAGAGAGGUACCGGGUGGUGGUCUCCUACCCACCACAGAGUGAAGCAGAGAUCGAACUAAAGGAAGGUGAUAUUGUCUUCGUGCACAAGAAGCAUGAAGAUGGUUGGUUCAAGGGGACUCUGCAGCGGAAUGGCCGCACAGGCCUCUUCCCAGGCAGCUUUGUAGAGAGCUUCUGAAGGUCGUUGCUCAUGUCCCACUCUGCCAUCUGGGGAAGGGGACCCCAGAAAACACUCUGAGCAGAGGAGACCGUA